AAAUAAACCUCCUCUUCCUGAAAGGAUUUGGUGCCGUAGAAAGUGGAAAGUUGAUAGGAAAACCUUACGCCCUUUCUCAGCACACAAUCCGAGCUCCGGCAAUCCUCCGGCCUGCCGGAUUUAUCACAGAAAUGCCGGGGGAGAAAGUGUUUCCGUCAGAGGAAUAUGUUCAUAAUGAAAUUGAUGACGAGGAGGAGAAGGGAGGUACCCUUUCUUUCCAAGAAUGCCUUGAUGAAAAUAAUGACACGAUUGGCCAAGAAAGCGAAAACCCGGAUUCAGUCGAACUAAAGCAAUCAAGAAAGAAGUCAUUGCUCGAAUUCCGGUGCCUAGUUGAAGAUGCAAUUCUCAGCAAUUACAUUCUCGGAAAAAACAAUGGACAAUUCGAAUUACCAUCGGAUCUCAGGGGAAAUCUAAGGGAAAUUACCCUUUGGGGUGUCCCUCUGUUGCCUAGUAGAGGACACGAUGGGACGGAUGUUGUCCUACUGAAAUUCUUGAAAGCAAGGGAUUUCAAAGUCCCAGAGGCAUUCAGUAUGCUUCGGAGGACUUUGAAAUGGCGGAGGGAAUUCAAAGUCGAGGGGAUUCUCGAUGAGAAAAUUGACUCCAGGCUUGAGAAUCUAGAAUUCAUAGAUGGCGAGGAUAAACAGGGGCGCCCUGUUUGUUACACUCUGUUUGGGGCAUUGAAAAAUAGAGAGUUUUACAAGAGUACUUUUGGGACUGAAGAAAAAAACCAGGAGUUUCUUAGGUGGAAAGUGAAAUCCAUGGAAAUGGGUAUCCAAAAGCUCGGUUUCAAGUCUGGUGGGGAGAAUUCCAUUCUUCAGAUUACUGAUUUGAAGAACUCACCCGGACCCGCCACGAAAGAGCUGAGUUCACUUAACAAGAAAACAGUGGUGCUGUUUCAAGAAAACUACCCUGAACUCAUCUUCAGGAAUAUAUAUGUAAAUGUCCCAUUUUGGUAUUAUGUGAGCCAUGCACUGCAUUCACAGUUCAUAUCUCAGAGAACAAAGAGCAAGUUCAUCUUUGUGAGGCCAUUAAGAGUCACACAGACCCUCCUCAAGUACAUAGCCCCAGAGAACCUUCCUGUACAAUAUGGUGGUCUCAAGAGGGAGAAUGAUAACGAGUUCUCGACAGACGACAUAGUUUUACGCUUCAGCGUAAGAGGAGGAAUGAUUCAAAAGAUUAAAAUCGCUGUCGCAGAAGCCGGAGUGACGGUGAUUUGGGACAUGACGGUGGUCGGAUACGAGGUGAGCUACAAGGAGGAGUUCAUCCCGGACGACGAUUGCUCGUACAAUGUCUUGCUUCAGAAGGAAAACAAAAUGAGAGAGAGUGCUAGAAAUUCCUUUUACAUAUAUGAGCCUGGGAAGAUUGUCAUAACCAUUGACAAUGGAGCAAGCAGCCAGAAGAAGAAGAUUUUCAUUAGGCACAAAAGCAAAGAAACCCUUCCCGUGUACAGCUUAAAAGGAAGUAGUAGUAGCUUUUAAGGAUACCCAUACUGAAACUUCAAUGAAAGGAAUAUGAUCAUGUGUUGAUAUUUUACAGUUAUCUACUUUUUUUUCCCGCUAAAUUACAGUUAUCUACUUCUUAUCCUCAUUGUGUUAAAUCCAGUUUUUUUUUUUUUUUUUUUGGUUUUUUGUUGAUCCGAGGAUACAAUGGUGU